UGUCUUUCUGGUGCAUUACGCACUCUGAAACCAGAUAACGGACCAUACUUACUACAUGGUACGACUCGAGCUUCCCUUUUUAUUUUAACGGGAGAUCAAGUGACUGCUUGCUUAAAAUUGGCAGGCAGACACUAACAUCUCCCUCAACAAUGGAAGGUGGGAUUCCCAUUCUCAACUGUCUCUUGCAGCAAACACUAAGAAGCCUGUGUUCAUGUUCAGAUUCUUCCAAUUCUUCUACUUAUUCAAAGUGGGUGUACGCUGUCUUCUGGAGGAUCUUGCCUCGGAAUUACCCUCCACCAAAAUGGGAUUAUGGAGAAGGUGCUCUCGACCGUUCCAAAGGAAACAAAAGGAAUUGGAUUCUUGUAUGGGAAGAUGGGUUCUGCGAUUUCCAUGAAUGCGAACGAGCGGGAAGCGGAUACGUGAAGGGGAGGUUCGGAGCUGAUAUCUUCUUUAAGAUGUCUCACGAGGUCUACAGCUUUGGAGAAGGAUUAGUAGGGAAAGUUGCAGCAGACAACAGUCACAAAUGGGUAUUUAGGGAAAACCCACCUGAAAACGAUCCCAACUGGAGUGGAUCAAUCGAACCUCAGCCUAAGCAAUGGAAGUUGCAGUUCAAUUCAGGCAUUCAGACCAUAGCAGUAAUCUCUGUCAGGGAAGGCAUCAUUCAACUGGGUUCACUAGAUAAGAUUGUCGAAGAUCUCAACAUGGUGAUCAGUGUACAGAGGAAAUUUAGCUAUCUCCAGAGCAUACCCGGCUUCUUCACGAUACAGAGACCGUGCCCAGCCAUCCAACAUCCAAACACCUUAAAACACAAUAGCCAUACGCUGGGCGUCCAUGAAACCGGUUUUAUCGUCGAUGACACGAGGAACCUAUCAGGCGAGAAAAGAUGCUAUGGCGACAACAGCUUCGAAGAAAUUCCCAUAAAAUCCGUCAAUUUGGGGUGGAACAGCCCACAGAUGGGUACUGCAGGAGGACCCUUUUGCCCAAUCCCACCUCUCUUACCAUCCAUGUCUUGGAGUCUAGGAGCUCUCUUAUCUAGACUACCCUCUGUGCUUCCCCCCCAUACCACCGUCCAAGCUCCUGCUAAAGCAUUGCAUAACAACAGCAGCAGCAGCAGUACAAGUCAUCAAAGAAUAAAGACCAAUGGAGAUGGUGGUGACUUGGCUCAUCAAGCUGAAGAACAAAAACCCAAAUUACUAAACCCAAAAUCAAGCUUAGAAGAUGAGAUGCGGUCAGAGACUCAUGGUUCGGGAGUCAGAGACAGAGAGAAGUUGCUUUAAACUCAAUUAAUUAAUCACGUCGAAGGUUCAUUAAAUAGAUAACUCACAAGUCACAAGUGGAUAAUUAUGUUUUAUUGCUGCUGUUCAAACUUCAAACUUCGAAAUUAGUAGGUUAUUAAUCAUAGUCAUGGAUUCAUUAUCAUGAGAACAUGUUUUCUCUCUUUCCAAUUUCAAGCUAACACGUUUUUUUUUCCUUGAUCUUUAAUAAUUCAAAUUGUAGCAAUCUGGUGGACACUGCAGUAGGAGAGAGAGAGAGAUUGGGCAAAUAGAAUGAAUGGUCCAUCCACGCUACAGUACCAAUAAUUCAUGUUUGUUGUAUGCGCAAGCGAACUGGGUUUCUACCAAAUAUGAAUAAAUUAUGGGUAAGCAUUUUAAUC